UCAUGGCGGCGCACCUGUCAUCGGGCCGCGUGAACCUGAACGUGCUGCGCGAGGCGGUGCGGCGGGAGCUGCGCGAAUUCCUCGACAAGUGCGCGGGCAGCAAGGCAAUAGUUUGGGAUGAGUCUCUCACGGGGCCAUUUGGCCUGAUUGCGCAGUAUUCACUUCUGAAGGAACAUGAAGUGGAGAAGAUGUUUACACUCAAAAGAAGCCGUUUGCCAGCAGCUGAUGUCAAGAAUAUAAUUUUUUUCGUCAGGCCCAGGCUUGAACUGAUGGAUAUAAUUGCUGAAAAUGUGCGAAGUGAAGACAGUAGGGGCCCUACCAGGGAUUUCCAUAUCCUGUUUGUGCCCCGACGAAGCCUGUUGUGUGAACAGCGACUGAAGGAUCUGGGGGUUCUGGGGUCCUUUAUUCACCGUGAAGAGUACAGCCUGGACCUCAUUCCAUUCGACGGGGACCUCUUAUCCAUGGAGUCCGAAGGCACCUUCAAAGAGUGCUACCUGGACAGUGACCAGACCAGCCUCUACCACGCUGCCAAGGGGCUGAUGACGCUGCAGGCCCUGUAUGGGACCAUCCCCCAGAUUUUCGGAAAGGGCGAGUGCGCUCGGCAAGUGGCCAACAUGAUGAUCAGGAUGAAGAGAGAGUUUACAGGAAGCCAGAAUUCAAUAUUCCCCAUUUUCGAUAAUCUCCUGCUGCUGGAUCGCAACGUGGAUCUGUUAACGCCCCUCGCCACUCAGCUGACGUACGAGGGUCUCAUUGACGAGGUUUACGGCAUUCAGAAUAGUCAUGUGAAGCUGCCCCCUGAAAAGUUCACGCCUAAGAAGCAGGGCGAGGGCGGGAAAGAGCUGCCCACGGAAGCCAAGAAGCUGCCGCUGAACUCAGCCGAGGAGCUGUACGCCGAGAUCCGGGACCGCAACUUCAACGCCGUGGGUGCCGUGCUCAGCAAGAAGGCCAAGGUCAUCUCAGCUGCCUUCGAGGAAAGGCACAACGCCAAGACUGUGGGCGAGAUCAAGCAGUUUGUGUCACAACUGCCGCACAUGCAGGCGGCCCGGGGCUCCCUCGCCAACCACACAUCCAUCGCUGAGCUCAUCAAGGAAGUGACAACUUCCGAAGACUUCUUUGACAGACUGACAGUGGAGCAGGAGUUCAUGUCCGGAAUAGACACCGAUAAGAUCAAUAGUUACAUUGAGGACUGCAUCGCCCAGAAGCAUCCCCUCAUCAAGGUGCUUAGACUGGUCUGCCUGCAGUCUGUGUGCAACAGCGGCCUCAAGCAGAAGGUUCUGGACUACUACAAACGAGAAAUUCUCCAGACGUACGGCUAUGAGCACAUCCUGACCCUGCACAACCUGGAGAAGGCCGGGCUGCUGCGGCCACAGCUGGGGGGCAGGAACAACUACCCCACCAUCCGGAAGACCCUGCGCCUCUGGAUGGACGACGUGAAUGAACAGAACCCCACAGACAUCUCCUACGUGUACAGCGGCUACGCCCCACUCACCGUGCGCCUGGCCCAGCUGCUCUCCCGGCCCGGCUGGCGGAGCAUUGAGGAAGUUCUCCGCAUCCUCCCUGGUCCCCACUUUGAGGAGCGUCAAUUGCUGCCCACGGGACUGCAAAAGAAACGCCAGCCCGGAGAAAACCGCGUGACGCUGGUGUUCUUCCUCGGUGGGGUCACCUUCGCCGAGAUCGCGGCCCUGCGCUUCCUCUCACAGCUGGAGGACGGUGGCACCGAGUAUGUCAUCGCCACCACCAAGCUCAUGAACGGGGCCACCUGGAUCCAGUCCCUGAUGGAAAGCCCUAGAGUGUCCGAGUAGCCACGUCAACUGCUCUGCGAUAGAAAGGGAGCUGUGCCACCACCACCCCGCCCUCCAGCAUAUGCGGAACUUUGUUCCUCCUCUCACUUCUGCCUCUACAUUUCUUCAAGAGAAUCGGCCGAGGAGAGGUGCAACUGUGAAUGCUCCACGCUAGGGUUUUCUCUGGCGCAAUCUGGAAACAGAUCAUAGGUGGUGAGGUGGAAGAGGAAUUCGGGGCACCAAAGCUGUCACUUUAACAUAGCAGAGCAGGCACUGACAGUGGAAAUGAAGACAGAUGGGGAGGCGCAGCCCCUGGCAAACUGGUUACUGAAGACGCAGCCUCCGUGGUCGGUAGUACGUGUUGGGGGCCUGAGCUUAUCACUGCGGAGUUGAGGUUCCAUGCAGGACCCUC